UACUUUCACACAUGCAAAGAAAUUGGCGUCUCAGACUACAUCUUGACAGAUGAUGAUUUUCGCAUGAUAACUCUUGAGUGUAGAAACCUUCAGCGUCUGUCAGUGGCUCGCUGUUCAUGGCUGAGUGACGGCCCGCUCAUCACACUCUUCAGGCAGAGCCCAAACCUGGUCUAUGUUGACCUCAGGGGAUGCUGCAGCCUCAACGGGGGAGCCCUGCAGAUUUUGGCUGUGAAGUGUAAAAAACUGAAGUUCCUGCUGGUGGAUGGCUGCCCAUGGUUCACUGGUGGCAGCCUGCAGGCCCUGACGCUGCACCAGUCCGAGUUGCUCAGCUUCAGUACCGGUGGCUGUUGGGGCAUGGAGGACCAAGACAUCGCUAAGUUUUUCCAAAAGUUUACCAAGAUCAAAGAAAUCAGACUGAAUGAUGUGGAAGCCAUAACGGAUGCAAGCCUCUACCACCUGGCUAUGAGCUGCUCAGACCUGGAAACCCUGAGCUUGGCAGGGUGUUGGAGAGUCACAGACCAAGGACUGAAGAAGGUUGUGGACAGCUGCUCCAAGAUGCAAUGCCUUGAUGUGAGGAGGUGUUCCAAGGUGUCGGAGAAGUUCCUGUGUUGCCUCCACACCACAGGUUUGAAGAUCACAUCCAAUUACCUAGCAUGGACAUGA